AUGUAUUCUACAAAAUAUGAUAAUAUUGACAUUGAUGAAAUCAUCAAAAAUGAUAGACUCGUUAAUAAUUACGUUGGAUGUUUGAUGGAAGAAAAAUCUUGUACUCCUGAUGGACUGGAACUCAAAAAAAAUUUACCUGAUGCUUUGAAAAAUGAUUGUGCAAGUUGUAGUGAUGCACAAAAAAUGAUUGCUGAAAAAAUGUAUCAUUAUUUAAUUGAUAAUAAAAUUAAUGAUUGGAUGAGACUUGAGGGUAAAUAUGAUCCAGAUGGAAUCUAUAGAAAUCAUUAUCUUGGUAUUGAUGGAUUAUCAACAACAGCAUCAAUUUAA